GAUUUUACCCAUAAGUCGUUGCGGGAGUUUUUUCUACUUCCUCUUUCCGCCAUAUUGCAGAACCGGCAUCAUGGUGCGCAUGAACGUUCUCGCGGAUGCGCUCAAAAGCAUCAACAAUGCCGAGAAGCGUGGGAAACGCCAGGUCCUCAUCAGGCCGUGCUCGAAGGUCAUUGUGCGUUUCUUGACAGUCAUGAUGAAGCACGGUUACAUUGGUGAGUUUGAGAUCAUCGAUGAUCACAGAGCCGGGAAAAUCGUCGUCAAUCUCACUGGACGUCUGAAUAAGUGUGGUGUGAUCAGCCCCAGAUUCGACCUCCAGCUGAAGGACUUGGAGAAGUGGCAGAACAACCUUCUCCCCUCCAGGCAGUUUGGAUACAUCGUGCUGACCACCUCAGCUGGCAUCAUGGACCACGAAGAGGCCAGACGGAAACACACAGGAGGAAAAAUCCUUGGAUUCUUUUUCUAAAUGUAAAGAACUGUGCUAAUAAAAUGGAAAACGUUGACUAUG